AUGCGGUCGGUGCGAAUCGCGCGCGCGGACGCGACGCGCGCGCGCGAGGCGCGACGCGCGACGUUCGGACGGCGCGCGAUCGCGUGGGCGCUCGCGAUCGCGCUGGGCGCGUGCGCGGGGGCGUGCGCGGGGGCGGCGACGCGGAUGGAGGGAUCGGACGCGCGCGCGAGGGCGAGGGGCGACGCGCGCGACGAACCGUACGUCGGCGGAAGCCUGCUGGCGAACGUGCUGCGAGGGGACGGCGGCGUCGGAAGCGGUGAUUUUGUAGACGCGCUGUGGGCGACGGCGAAGGCGCUGGCGUGCGCGAGCGCGGCGUGCGCGGUGGCGGCGAUGACGGCGGAGCGAGGGGCGACGAACGGCGAGGGGAAGCGCGCGAGGGGCGAGGGAGAGAGAAUCGACGGCGCGAGCGAUGGCGGGCGAAGCGGUGAUGGAUCGCCGCGAACGCCCGAAUCGCGAUCGCCGAGAGGGACGCCGCGGAGUUUAGAAGAGAUCGCUCGAGCGAAGGAGGCGGCGAAGGAGCGUAAACGUCGGCUUCGCGAAGAGCAAGAGCUUUUAGCGAAACGAGAGGAGCUAGAGCGCGCCGAGAUCGCGCAGUUGGUCGAGGCGGAGCGCGCCAAGCGCGAGGCGGAGCGAGUCGCGGCCGAGGAGGAGAGAUUAGCCAUGAAGAAGCGAGAAGAGGAGGAGGCUCGCGUCGCCGAGGCGGCGGCGGCGGCCGAGCUAGAAAAACAGCGAGAGCAAGAGGUUGAGGCUCUGAAGACGAACAAACAGCAGCAACCGACGGAGAAGUCGUCCGAAACGAUGACGUCGAUCAAGGUGACCGCCGGUGGCGCGGAGUCGAAGAAAAUACCACUCCCCGCGUCGCCUCGCAAGCAAGCGCCGGCGCCGCGGCCCAGUGGUUUGACGCUUCGAAAGAUCCCAACGCCGCGCAUGGCGAACGCGCCGAAACAGAUCGGCGCGAUCGGCGUUCGACCGCCGGUUCCGUCACCGCUGCCGCGAGAUCCACCGCCGCUACCGAAAGGUCCGCCGCCCGAGUACGCGCGUCCGCCGAGCGAAAUCAAUCCGCCGUUGCCCCCCGUGGCGCCUCUCGGCGAAGUCCGACGCAUGUCGUCGCACGCUAUCGAUGCGCUGCCGGCGUCGCCGAAUCACUCAUCCGUGCGCGUGCCGCCUGGAUUUGAAUCAGCGAUGCCAUCGACGCCCCUGUCGUCGACGUCUUUCGACGCCGCGUACGACCAGUGGGGCCUCGCCGACGGAGCUAUUCAGUCCUUCUUGGCCAGCACCACGGGCACGGACGACGACCCGUUCACGUCUGCAUUGAGAGUUGGAAGCGACGGCGCCAACGGCGGACGCAGCGGUUACGAAGACAUCUUCGCCCCGACCACGAGCGCGCCGGCGGCGACCGCCGCCGCGCCGCCGUUGCCGCCGACGCCGCAUCCAGAAAUUUUGGCCGGCAUGCUCGGUGACGACGCGUGA